AUGGCAUCCUGCAACGUAGAUCCUGACGGGUUUGGCCCGGAGUCUGCACUCGCGUACUGUCUAGAUGAAUCUCUAGGAGAGCCGCUGCUGACUGACCACCGCUUCAACCCACUACAUCCGUCACUGUUCACCGAUAUUGUCAGCCAAGUUCCUGAGAACAUGAUCGAUGAUGGCACGCUCCAGCAAUUGCCCUCUGCUAUUACAGAUUUGACAAUCGAGCAAUGGGAGGUUGGGAAAGACGAGAUCAAUUUCAUCAAAGAGGCAAGCCGGAGCUUCUCCGAGGAGGAUGUCGAGACGCCCAUCAAGCAGGCUUUCCUGCAAAGUCUGCCCAGCAGGCCAACCCAAUUGGAGCUUCCCCUAUUGACUCUUGCUAGCCAAGCAGAGUCUCGAGAAAUGCUUAAUCGUCUCGCCACUGUUCCCCCAGUGUCCCUGGUGUUUGAUGAGAUACCCAUGGAUGAUUUGGGUGCAGAUAAGGGUGAAGGCUUAGAAUUUCCGCCAUCCGCUUACACUUGCCAAAUAAACAUGGAAAAUGAGCUCCAGGAGAAACUUGAACUCACAAAAGAAGCUGUUUGCUACCUGGCAGAAAUAGUCAGGGUUGACCGCUCCGACUUGGAGGCUACACUGGAUAUCAAAGACAUGAUGCCGCCAGCAAGACUCAAUAGACACGAUCUUCGCCUGACACCUCCUGCCACUCCCAGAUUCUCACACAUGCAGUCAGAACCCUGGGUGCCCGGUUCAGAUGGUGUCGAUAUCCCCUCACCCUCAGAGCCCAGAUCUUUACUCAGCGACGACCUGAAAGCAAUUGAAGACCAUAUAUUCCAGACGGACAACGAACCCCUGUCUGGAGGCUCGCCGCUGGCAAACUGUUCGCCAGUCCAGGGUACUCUGUUCACCUCGACACCUGAGGACGAACCAGCAAUUCCGGUGCGAGAUCACAAGAAGAUUGACGGCUUCAAGCUUGAGCUCCCUCUAGUUGCAAAUACUAUUGAUGAGCCAUCAGGUAUAAAUCUGCUCAUAGAUGGCAUUGAGCCCUUUGUCAUCGACCAAGAGAUCGGAGACAGGGACACUGCGAGUUUAACAGCUCUUCUGGAGAUUGAUGCUUCGGCUCAGCUCCGAGAGGCAGCAGAUAAAGUGAGAAAGUUAUCAGAACAAGAACAGAUCGAGCCCCUUGAUGGUCUUGCCAGACUUAAACUGCCGAUGAUAGACACCACUCCACCAGAGGCUGACUGGAAGGAUGUCGUCAGAGAAGAGAAGCAAAUGCUGGCAUAUAUAAUGGAGCGACAUUCUGAUGAGUUUCAGGUAGCUAAAUGGAAAAUCGACAAAAGAGCUGAAAGGGAUCUUCCAUGGCUCAUGAGUUCAUCGACCGGUAUUGUUCUCGGGGACGAAGUGCUAGAAGAGGUCGACGAAAGUGCUCUGCAUGAGUUUUGUGCCUUUGACGAUGACGUUUUAGGCAUUUCAGCACUCUCCCGGAAGAUCAAAGAGCUUGCUCUCCUCAGGCGAGCUGAUGAUCUCGAUGACGAUGAUCUGGAGCCAGCAUUCGCUAGGAAACCAACACCGGUUCCAACGCCGGCGUCUGCCCUACCUACUCCAGAAAAUUCCGAGGACCUGAUGACUUGUAUUCGGAAGAAGAGAAAAGCAUUGGAAGCCCUCCAGUCUUCGCCAUUUACAAAACGGGCCAAGUGCAGACCACCAUUGAACGGCGAGGAGACACUUCUUAUAGGGGACAAAUCUCCUGAGGGUGCCAAAUUACUGGCUUCAUUCCUAGAGCUGAAUGGCCAUGGCAAGGCUCCACCUCGCCAGAGUCAGUACUUCCGAGCAAGCGCAGGUGACGGAGCAAGCCGUGAUAGCUGCAAUUCAAAACAGCCUGCAAACAUACCACAAGAGAAACCGUCAGACAAGACAAAUGCCAUGUUAACGACCAAGAAUUCUCAGCAGUGCACCACCAACACACCCGGAGAUGUUCCAUCAAAUAUCGCCAAGCCAGCACCUGUGCCUCGCAUUCAACUUCCCGACUUUCCGCUGAAGUUGGUUGUUUCAAUCAGCCUACCUAGAGACCUUGUUCGACUGCUUGAAAGGCUUCUUCAAGGCGUCGAGCUGAUAGAAAGGGACUAUAAUGCUUACAACUACUCAACGUGGGCAGCUGGCACCUCGGCUCCAUCGACCAUCAUAUCAUCGCUUGGAGAAGAAGCAGACAUCACUCUGUCUCCCGGAGUAGGGGUCAUUCUCACAUCAACCGUACACGUGCGGCAAGGGCCUUUUCAGGGCUGUGACGGCGACAGUAUUUUGCAGCGACAAGUGCGCAAGACUUGCCGACGAUACGAGCGCCUGGUGGUUCUGGUUUCGGACAAAAGCCUAGAUGACACCAUUCUACCAAUGGCACCGGCAGACGCGCUUGCAUUUGCCGAGUUCCAGGCCUUUGCUCGGAGCCUUCAAGACGUUGCAGAAGUCAGCGUCUUUUGGGUCGGAGGUGGGCAGACUUCCCUAGCUACAUGGGUAGCCUCGCUAGCCACGGAGUGCGCGUCGCUCGAACAGGCCCCGUUCUAUCGGCUCCUAUGUCAGGGUGAGAGUCACUGGGAACUGUUCCUUCGCCGAGCAGGGAUGAACACUUUUGCUGCUCAGAUGGUGUGCGGACUGCUCCAAAGUCCAUACGGAACGGAGGCGGCUAGCUUCUUGGGCGGUUCGGGACUUGCGGCGUUUGUCAACAUGUCGGCAAAUGAGAGGGCUCAGAGGUAUACGUCUGUUCUUGGAGGUCGGAGAGUUUUGGAUCGGGUAAGCGACGUGGUUGAUCAAAAUUGGGGCCGGAUGUAG